AUGGCCGCCUUUAAACUACUCGACCUUCCACUCGCGAUUGUCGUUGAGGUAUGCGCAUGUCUCGUGUCGAACUGCGACGAGUCUCAACACCAGAUCUUUGAUGAUCUCAACGUGGCUGACGCAUCUCUCGCCGGCAUGGUCAGUCUAUCUCGAUCUUGCAAGGUGCUGCAUGCCGUGGCGUCUCCGUUGCUCGUCCAGAUAGGCUCGAUGACACGUUGGAUGUCUUGCCGCGACUAUUUUCCCCUUCUCCCCUACACAAUUCGCAUUCUUGAGGAUCCCAUCCUCGCGCGGCGUGAGACUACUUUCAGAGCAUCUCGGAUGCCACGUUUUCCCCUGCCCCAGCCAGAACAACUUGUCAAGAAGCUGGGAUACGAAGACGUUGCCGCGUAUUUAAGCUGGGCUCCCGAUGAGCAAAGCGGUUAUUGCACAUUCCAGAAAGUCCCCGCUACGUUAUUAUUGAUACAGCUUGUUCUCCCCACCCUACCCAAGUUGGCCUCGGUCUCGUUGUUCGGUCUAGACAGGUUCCACGUUCUAGAGCCAAGAUCAUCACUAAGCCUCAAGUCAAUUGUGUACGGCCCCAGUGGCGGGUACGGUGGCGGUCUAUUUCCUCUGGAUCCUUUCGAUGUUUACCCCGAAAAUCCCGUGGGGCAAACAAACUACUCCGAUAUUGGCGGCCUCAAGGAGGUUUACCAUGCUGCACCACAUCUGGAACAUCUGACAGUCAUCUGUGGUGUAGUUUGCAUGGAAGAGAUGAAACUGGCCAACCUCCGCUCACUGGUUCUUCACUCGAACAUCUUGACCCGGCCUUGUUUGAAGAACCUAUUUCCCGACGGCCUGCGGUAUUUGGAACACUUCGCGUACAGUUCAGAACCUCAUGGGAUCUUACGUGAGCCUUCAUCACCCGGGACUUACAGGGGAGCCACGCCGGGCGAAAUUGUUAGGGCUCUCGCUCCUUCCAUGUCAUCGCUUCGAACACUCGAGCUCUGCAUCACAGAGCCGAUUUGGUACUUCGAGGCCGAAGAGAAGAAUUUCUCCAUAGCCUGA